UCAGAGCGGCGGCGGCGGCGCCAGCGGCGGGUGCGGGCAAGAGGCGGCGGAAACAGCGGGGACCGAGAGGCAGCGGCUAUGCAUCCAAGUGCGGCUGGGCAGCCGCGGCUCCCCUGAGGCCCGGGCGGGGCUCCGGGAGCAUUGCGCGGGGGGCACCCUGUUCUGGAGUGGAAGGAAAGCAGGAGUGUCCAGGGCGGCAUCGGCGGAGCUGCGCACGGAGCUGAGGAGGGGGCUCCGGAGCGGGCCUGGGGCGGGGGGGCGGCUGGCGCAGGCGGCCCCUGGGGUGGGGGGCGGGGUGGGCGCCGCUGCCGCGAUGCUGGGCGUCGUGGAGCUGCUUCUGCUUGGGGCGGUGUGGCUGGCGGGCCCGGCCCGCGGGCAGAAUGAGACGGAGCCCAUCGUGCUGGAGGGCAAGUGCCUGGUGGUGUGCGACUCCAACCCCACGUCCGAUCCCACGGGCACAGCUCUGGGCAUCUCUGUGCGCUCUGGUAGCGCAAAGGUGGCUUUCUCUGCCAUCAGAAGCACUAACCACGAGCCGUCCGAGAUGAGUAAUCGCACCAUGAUAAUCUACUUCGACCAGGUACUAGUGAACAUCGGGAACAACUUUGAUUCAGAACGCAGCACUUUCAUCGCCCCGCGCAAAGGGAUCUACAGUUUUAACUUCCACGUGGUAAAAGUCUACAACAGACAGACCAUUCAGGUGAGCCUUAUGUUAAAUGGGUGGCCGGUGAUUUCAGCUUUCGCUGGUGACCAGGACGUGACCCGGGAGGCCGCCAGCAAUGGAGUCCUGAUCCAGAUGGAGAAAGGCGACCGCGCAUACCUCAAGCUGGAGCGGGGGAACUUGAUGGGGGGCUGGAAGUACUCGACCUUCUCCGGAUUCCUCGUGUUUCCCCUCUGA